UUCAAGGAUAAAACAUCUCAUUAGAUUUUUAUAUAUUUAUACUCUGUGUUCUUACCUCUAUUCACUAUGGCGGAUACUAUGCAACCAACUCGUAAGGAUCCUUCUAUUAGAAAGAAUAACAAACCUCUAAUGGAGAAACGAAGACGAGCUAGAAUUAACAGUUGUCUCACACAGUUAAAAUCACUUGUACUUCAAGCAAUGAAAAAAGAUAGUUCUCAGUUUUCAAAAUUAGAGAAAGCCGAUAUCUUAGAGUUAACUUUGAAACAUCUUCGUGCCUUACAAAGACAACAGAUACAAGCCACAUCAGUACCCGAUCCUAGCGUAAUGACCAAAUACAGAGCUGGUUUCAACGAAUGUGCAAACGAAGUCAUGAGAUAUAUGGGAGCGGGUGGUGUUUCAGAUGAUAUCCGUAGUCGUUUAGUCGGACACUUAGCAAAUUGUAUGCAAACAGUGAACAGUAUCCCUCAACAAGAGAAUAACAUUCCACAAAGAUGUAUGCAGCCUCUUCAAGUUCAGAUCCCAUCAACAGUACCUUACCACAAACCACACUCUAUUCCAAUUUCUUCAUACGCUCAGUCGAACUCUACUUCACCAUCUUCAGUUACCUCCCCUUGUCUCACUCCUCGAGUAAUCUCCCCUAAUGACAAUCAAGCAAGACUUACCGGUUCAUUCCAAGUAGUUCCAGGAAAUAUGUGUAAUGCUAAUUCUGUUCCAGUGUACGUCCAGAACGGGGGACCAUUGCCAGUUUACUCUCUUCAAGUGCCUAAUAUGAACAAUGGUGUCACUGCCUUCGUCCCUUCUCCAACAAACUUACGCCAAUCGUCUCCGGUGAAACUUGAGAUGUCUUUUCCCGAGGAAUUAAAGCAUCAGUAUUCUUAUAGUAUUAGUCCAUCCUGCUCACCUUCCAACAGUUCUGUUAAAGAAGAGAAAGUAUGGAGACCAUGGUAAUUCUCUACAUUCCAGAACAUUCAAUAAAAUACUGCCAUAUAUUUAUGUAUAAAACGAAUUAUUUGUUAUGUUUCAUAUUGUGCCUUUCAUUAUUAUAUGAAUGAAUAUAUUACUAUUAAUGUAAAUCGUUACCAAAGGACGAUUACCAUGGUAUAUGUUAAUAUAUUAUAUUAUAUACCAUACCAUACUAUGUGUUAAAUUUUAAGGGCAUGUAUUAAAAGUUGUUAUUGCAAAGGCAAAUUAUUGGUGCAUUAAAUGAUUAUGUUGUUAUGUAUUUGAUAGAUAUAUUCAAUAUUGUUGUUAUCUUUAUUAAACUUUAAAGAUUUAAAACGG